AAUUGUUCAUUGAAACUUGUGAAAAUUGUCAGCUUAAACGGAACAAAACUAAAAAGGGAAUUGUUGUUAAACCAAUUGUUUCAAACCAUUUAAACUCUCGAUGCCAAAUCGAUCUCAUUGACUUACAAACUAGACCAGAUGGUGACUACAAAUUUAUUUUUGUCUACCAAGACCACCUAACCAAAUACGUCAGGUUGAGAGCGCUAAAAACAAUGAAAACUAAAGAAGUAGCUGAGCACCUAUUAGAAGUAUUUGCAGACUUAGGAAUCCCUUGCGUGUUGCAGAGCGACAAUGGCCGAGAAUUUGCAAACCAGGUGAUUGAGGAAUUAGUCGGAAUGUGGCCUGACUGCCAUAUUGUGCAUGGUAAACCGAGACAUUCACAAUCACAAGGUUCAGUGGAGAGGGCGAACCAAGAUAUAGAGAACAAGUUAGCGUCGUGGAUGAAAGAUAAUAACUCGACAAAAUGGAGCGAAGGUUUAAAAAUCGUUCAAUUUCAAAAAAAUCGCUGCUUUCAUUCUGGUAUUGGACGCAGUCCUUAUGAAGCUUUAUAUGGUGUAAAAUGUAGAGAUGGUUUAAAUAACCUCCCUGUUUCUAUCACAAACAUUAAAUCCAUACGUACAGAAGAGGAACUGGAAACAUUAUUAUCUUCUAGUAAUGACACCGAGGAUAAAGUGGAAGAAGAUUCACAUCCUUCAAAUAAUUUUGUACCCGAUGAAAAAUCUACAGUCACUGAAGAGGAAAUGGCCGCCCAACAAUUGUCUGAUUUAAUUGAAAAUGCUACGCUGGUUAUGCUGCCCGAUAAUACUCAUAGGCCAGUUGUAUUCGCAGAUAAUACUGAAACCCCAAUUUUACUCGAACUUAAUACCGAAACCCCAGUUUUACCCGAAAAUAAUACUGAAACCCCAGUUUCACUCGAAGUUAACAAUAGAACCUCGGUUUUAUUUAAAGAACAAGCAAUGGCAUUGCUCUCUACUGAAACAACAGAAAAUGCUCUCAAUGAAUCAUUACCACAAAAAUGCUUAUUAUGUUCUGAUGAAAACGUGUGUGACCAUUGUCAGAAUAAAAACAAUAUUAAAGCGAUAAGGGAUUCAUGCCAGGAAAGUCUAAAAAGGCAAGCACAAAAAAUGCUACAAACUUCUCGCAAGAAAUUUAAACCAGGAGCUGUCGGCAUGUCCGUGAGAGUACCCAUUCCAGAUGUAGAUCGAAGUCGGUCAGAUCAUAGAAAUAUAUUGGGCGUCAUAAUGAGUGUAGAAGAUGAAUUUUACCGAAUUGGAACUGUUCACGGUGUUCUUAAACAGCUUUAUUCCCGCAACGAAUUUGAAAUAUGUAAGCAACAAUUUUUAAAGUUGGAAAAUGUCAAGACGGACACCGAAAUAACAUUACGAAGCGCUGCAGGAAAAUUUUCAGUAUCGGGUUCAACCCAAGGAUAUGUGCGAUGUCACUGCAAGAAGAGUUGUGCGAAUAAAAAGUGUAAAUGUCUUGCGUCUGGAUAUACGUGUAAUAGUAAGUGCCACAACAGUGCAACUUGCUCCAACAAAUAAUACUGUUCUUUGUUUGGUGGUUUUAAUGUCCUGACAUACUUUAUUGUUAAUAUUUUGUCACCUGGUAUUAUUUGAGUUAUAUUUCUUUUACUUUUUCUAAAGUAAUAAUAGGUACCUGUAACAAUCUUACAUUGUACCAAUAAAGAAACCAUUUUUGA